UUCCACAUUCCUUAACUUUCUCAAACUAUACAAUUAAUUUAUUUUUCCAAACACAUUAACAUUUGUGUCAUCAUGGAUUCUGGUCUUUGCUUAGUGUCUAGUCUAAACAAUCAAAACAAAGUUCAUCAAAAUCAUUUCUAUGACCCUUCUUGGUUACAAAAACAACGUAAUGUUCCAAUGAACUUUGUUUGGCCAAAAGAGUAUUUAGUGAAUGCAAAUGAAGAAUUUCAAGCACCAUUGAUAGACCUUGAUGGUUUCCUUAAAGGUAACAAAGAGGACACACAAAAUGUUGCAAAACUCAUAUCUAAAGCUUGUUCAACACAUGGGAUUUUUCAAGUCAUUAAUCAUGGUGUUGAUUUGAGUCUCAUUAGUGAUGCUUAUGAUCAAAUGGAUGGUUUUUUUAAGCUUCCAAUUGAUAGAAAACUUAGUGUCCGUAAAGUGAAGGGUUCAAUGUGGGGCUAUUCUGGUGCUCAUGCUGAUAGAUUCUCCUCUAAAUUGCCUUGGAAGGAAACACUUUCUUUUCCAUUUCAUGAUAAUGAUACCUUUGAGCCUGUUGUUACUAACUACUUUGAUUCCACCUUAGGGGAAGAUUUUCAACAAGCUGGUGAGGCAUUCCAGAAGUACUGUGAAGCAAUGAAGAAAUUAGGGAUGAAGGUGAUGGAGAUAUUGGCAAUAAGCUUAGGAGUAGAUAUGUCACAUUAUAAGUACUUAUUUGAAGAUGGUUGUUCUAUCAUGAGAUGCAACUAUUAUCCAUCAUGCCAAGAACCAAGUGUUGCCUUAGGGACAGGACCACAUUGUGACCCAACAACAUUGACAAUACUUCAUCAAGAUCAAGUUGGAGGUCUUGAUGUCUUUGCUGACAAGAGAUGGCAAACGGUUACACCUCGUUCUGAUGCCUUUGUUGUUAACAUUGGUGAUACUUUUACGGCAUUAUCAAAUGGGAGAUACAAGAGUUGCUUGCAUAGGGCAGUGGUUAAUAGAUACAAAGAAAGGAGGUCCUUGGCAUUCUUUCUGUGCCCUAAAGAUGACAAAAUGUUAAGACCCCCACAAGAUAUUGUGAGUAGAGAUGGGACAAAACAAUAUCCUGAAUUCACAUGGUCACAAUUGCUUCAAUUCACACAAAAUUACUAUAGAGCUGACGAAGCUACCCUUCAAAACUUCAUCAAGUGGUUGAAAUGUUCCAAAACUACAAACCAUUUACCUUAAUUUACCAAACAAAUUGUUUUGGUUUUUGCCUAUUGAGGUUGGUUGAUUGAGAUACAUUCCUUAUCGUAUUCAUUAUUGUUACCUAUAGCUCCAUUUAUUGAAUUGAGCAUAUGGACCUUUUUGUUUAUGCAACUUGAUUUUCAUUUCAUUUCUUAUGGCCCAUUGAGAUUAUUAAAUU